UUGAUUGGCUGCGUGCAGUGGGAAGUCAGAGCAAUCGAUGUGCUUGUUAUUGGAGCGGGGCCCUGCUAGUGCUAACACGAAGCAGACGACAUAUUGGCCGUGGCACUGUAUUGAACAGCGGAUUGAUCAAUGUUUCUGUAUUGAUUCGCCGUAGGAAAGAUAGUGAGGCGCUUAUAAUUUAUAAAUUUAUAAUUUGAUCAGAAUAACUGGGAUUUAGGCAGAUAAAAGCCGUGGAUAGAUCUAGGUUAGCUAGGUAAGCUAGCUAACUAACUAGGCUACAGAUGCCAUGCCCUGGUGAAGGGCUGUGGAGGGAAGGAAAACACACCGACAGUUCGCUCGCUAAUGCGGGAAAAAGGCAGGUGAUUUGUCGCUAAAUGAGCUGGUGGUGAAUAUGGACAGCUGGAGUCCCGUAGCCGCGGCUGCAGCAGCUGCAGCAGCUUCCGACGACGAGCGCUCCAGCUCCGAGGGCGAGUACACGCCGAAAGACUCGGAGAAGAGGGAGGAUGGGGCGCGGGUGGCCAUGGGAGCCUCGCCGGCGUUUGGUUUCUCCAGCCUGGACACGCUGGGCGCCCUCAGGCUGCACAGGACCGGGCAGACCGCGGAGAAGAACCUGCGCUACCUGCACUCGCUGUGGAGCCCAGGGGCGCUGCUGCAGGCGGACGCGGGCGCGGCGAGCAAGCCGGGGAAGGUGACUUCGAGCCGGGCGAGGAGGAUGGGGAGGCUCCGACGGAGCAUGGGACCUAUAGGAAAAGACCUUUACGCUGUGAAGAGGCUCAGAGAAGCAGCCAACGGUAACGAUAUUGACACAGUUCGCAGACUGCUGCAAGACGGUAUUGACCCAUGUGCUGCAGAUGACAAAGGAAGAACAGCCUUACAUUUCUCCUCCUGCAAUGGCAACGAGAGCAUCGUUCAGCUCUUGCUAAGUUAUGGCGCUGACCCAAACCAGAGAGACAGUCUUGGGAAUACUCCACUGCAUCUUGCUGCCUGUACCAACCAUGUGCCUGUCAUCACUACCUUACUAAGAGGAGGUGCUCGAGUAGAUGCUUUGGACCGUGCCGGAAGGACCCCUCUACACCUCGCCCGCUCAAAACUCAACAUCUUGCAGGAGGGAGAGUCACGAAGCUUGGAAACCUUGCGAGGAGAAGUCACUCAGAUAAUUCAGAUGCUGCGGGAGUACCUGAAUGUGAUGGGUCAGAGUGAGGAGCGAGAGAGACUGGAGCAUAUUUCUACCCAGCUACAGCACACCCGCACUAAAGAACAGGUGGACGAGGUGACUGACUUACUGGCCAGUUUCACAUCUCUGAGUUUACAGAUGCAGAACAUGGGAGACAGGUAGAGAAGAUGGAUAGCAGCUUACUACAGAAAGCUGAAUCAUGUUUGGAUUACAGAUACCUGAGAUAUUUAUUUAUGUGUGACCAAGUGCUAUCAUUUUCAUGUUUUGGGCAGUCGGUGUAUAAAUAGUAGGACUAAAUUUAUUGCCUUCACACCAUGUUGUCUCUUGGUUGAAAAAAAAAUGUAUGCCUUUCUGUUUUUAAUUGCAUGUUGGUCUGUUUCCAGUAAUGACUGUUCACUGUAAGCCAUUUUUGUAAGUGUUGGACCUGUACCAGACAGUGACAAAAUAAAAAAAAAAUCCUUUUUUGGUC